GCCAUGGCCGGGCCUGUCCGCGGGUCCGUGCGCGCGCUGUUCGCCGCCCUGCUGGCGCCGCUGCUGGUGGCGCUGCUGGUGGCACCGGCCUCGGGCCGGGGUGGCCGGGGCCACGGGGACUGGGACGCGGACUUGCUUUUGCCGCCGCUGCCGCCCCGCGAGGACGCGGCGCGCGUGGCCCGCUUCGUGACGCACAUCUGCGACUGGGGCGCGCUGGCCACCGUCUCCACGCAGGAGGCGGUGCGCGGCUGGCCCUUCGCCGACGUCCUGUCGCUCAGCGACGGGCCCCCGGGCGCGGGCAGCGGCGUGCCCUACUUCUACCUGAGCCCCAUGCAGCAGUUGGUGGGCAACCUGCAGGAGAAUCCAUAUGCCACGCUGACCAUGUCUUUGGCACAGACCAACUUCUGCAGGAAACAUGGAUUUGACCCCCAGAGCCCGCUCUGCGCACACAUCAUCCUGGCGGGAACCGUGACCAAGGUGAACGAGACAGAGAGGGACACUGCCCAGCAGUCAUUGUUCAUUCGCCACCCCGAGAUGAAAGACUGGCCGGCCAGCCACCAGUGGUUCUUUGCCAAGUUGAACAUAACCAACAUCUGGGUGCUGGACUACUUUGGGGGACCCAAGAUCGUGACGCCCGAGGCGUACUACAACGUCACGUCUCACUAAGUGUGAAGCAGAAUUCAGCUAUCUGACCACACGGGUGAAGUUUCUCGGACAUUUGGUGCAGACGUGAAGGGCUCCCUCUGCGCACGGUGUCCCGGGACGCCAGCCCGCGGGCUUUCACACGCGGCCGGUUGGCUUGGUCACAGGGUCAAUUCGGACUGCCACGGAUUUCCUGGAAGAUGAGGUGGCUAAAUUUUAUAAAUGUAUAGUUUUAUAGCAUAUCCAUGGUUCCAGGGGACGAGAUAAGAUCCCUCGUGAAGAGGGACUCAAGCCAGGGAACCCUUCAGUGGCCCAGAGAAGAGCUGAUAUGCAUCAUUAUGUUUGAAAACAACACAAUGAACCCGAAAUCCGGCCAACAGCUUCUGGUGGGAAAAAAAAAAAAAAAC